AGGCCAGUCUGUGCCUCAUUCCUCCUCGACUCUCUGGUUCGUUGGGAGAGCGGCUUCCUGCGCAUGCGCCGGGACUCGCUUGAACCAUGAGAGUGUUAAUCGGUGGGGGGACUGGAUUUAUUGGCCGAAACUUAUGCCAGGUGCUGAAGAGCCGAGGCCAUGAAGUCACCCUUAUUUCUCGUCACCCUGGAAAGAACCGGUUUACCUGGGAUGAACUUUCCCGCUUAGGCCUCCCUCCUUGUGAAGGAGUGGUCAACCUGGCUGGAGCAAAUGUCCUCAAUCCUCUUAAGAGGUGGAAUGAUUCCUUCCGCCAGGAGGUGGUUUCCAGCCGAGUAGAGACCACAAAGUCCUUGGCAAAAGCCAUCGCAGAUGCUGAACACCCACCUCGUGCCUGGGUCCUUGUCACCGGCGUAGGAUAUUACCGGCCUAGCCACACCACCAAAUACACUGAAGAAAGUCCAGGUGGAGACUUUGAUUUCUUCUCUCGCUUGGUGACCUCUUGGGAGGAAGCAGCUAAACUUCCUGGUGGUACCACUCGCCAAGUGGUAGUGAGAUCUGGUGUUGUGCUGGGCAGAGAUGGUGGUGCCAUUGGCCAGAUGUUAUGGCCUUUCCGCCUUGGACUUGGAGGUCCCAUUGCUUCUGGACACCAGCCUUUUCCAUGGAUCCACGUGCUCGAUUUGGCAGGAAUUGUGACUCACAUGCUGGAGCAACAGGGCCUUAGUGGUGUCUUCAAUGGUGUUUCACCUUCUGCAGUUGGAACCACAAACAGGGACUUUGCCCGAGCAAUGGGGUCGGCACUCAGACGACCUGCCUUCUUGCCUCUGCCGGGUUUUGUAGUGAGAACCAUUUUUGGCUCUGAGCGAAGUACCAUGCUGCUUGAAGGGCAGUGUGUGAUCCCCAAGAGGACUCUAGAGAGUGCAUAUUCUUUUGUAUUCCCUAGUCUUUCCUCUGCUCUCCAGGAUAUUUUAGCUUGACCUGAGAAGCGUAAGUCUGCAUGUAACAUAUUUCCAUUUUGUUGAAUACUUGCUGGGUAGGCACGCACACUGUCUUGUAAGUACGUUGAUUCAUAAUUACAUACUUUGUCUGAGAACUGAAGGUUCAAAGUCAAGAAGUUGCUCUGUGAAAAAGAAUUGGCUUGUUUCAGAAGAAUAAAAUCUGCCUCAUGGUGGAAA